AGAAAGAUUCCAGGAGUCAAGAUAUAAAUCAUCUUGAAGAUCUUACUAUGCAAGUAAUUGAAACGCUAAAAGAAUCAUUUGGAAAGUCAGAUGAAGUUGUUUCAUUUUUGAGUGGUAUUCCGGUAGAAGCGCUACUGAUAGUACCAAGAGAUUUUUUAAAUGGAUAUCAACCUAUUGAAGACUUACCAGCUGACCAGAUAGUCAUUGAAAAGGAGAAGUUUUUAGAGCAGAAGUUUUAUGAUUUAGCUGAAGAUUGUCGUCGAAUUAUCUUGAAAAGUUCGAUAAAUGGUGUUAAAAAGGCAGUUUCUCAAAAAAUACAAUCUAGAUCAACUUACCAAAUAUUUGAAAAUGAUGGUGAUGCCGCUUUACCGAAAUCUACUAAAUUAAUUUUCAACAAGAUUCCUAAAAUUGAAAUUUCAAAUUUUAAAGCUUUGGUGGGUGGUGUCAAAUCAAAUUCAUUCCUAACAAGAGUUGAAAGGUUGAUUUUCAGUUUGAAUAAGCAGAGUGAAAUACUCAAUGAUUGGGUAUCCACUUUGAUUGAUACGCUUUGUAAACCUUUGUUGACCGAUGGAAAGAAUCCAGAUGGUGAAGAAUACGAACAAUCCUUAAAAGACCAAGAUUUAGCGUCGAACCUAUUACAAAUAAUACCUCGUGCAUUGACUGACAGAUCUGAGUUUAUAUUGGGCGAGGAAGACUCGACCCGUAUCAAAGACAUCAAAAAACAGCAGGAUGGUGAUUUCAAGCUUGAGCUUCAACGUAAAGGAGAUGAUAAUUCCUUAAAAGAAUUAGAUUCAAUCAGAGAGUCAAUCAAGCCACUGACGAAUGCUUCAUUGCAAGAAUUGAUAGACGAAUUGAAAGAUUUGGAAAUAGAUUUGAAACAAGAUUUGAAAGAUGUUAUUAAUCCUGAGAUUGUAUCAGAGGAGAUUGAAGCUGUGAAAACAUUUAAUUUCAAACUUCGUAACAUUUUGGAAAGUGAAAAGUUAGCACAAAUUUUGCUACAAAGGGAAAUUAAUACCAAUCUUAACUCAGUUUUCAAUGCCCGUAUUGAAUAUUUCAAGCAGUUGCAACUGAUUUCAGAUAGUGUUGCACGUAAGGAGUACUCUUUUGGUCCAACUACAGUUGUAAGUCAAAAGAUAUUUAGUGACUGCUCAAUGCUCAUCACUAAUCUCAAUGAUUUGAGUAAAAAAAUGUCAAGAGACGUGACUAAGUUCAGGUAUCUUCUGAGUUUGUCGAAUGAUGAUAAUGAUGGUGUUUCAAAUGGAAAAGAUAGUGAAGAUCUUUUUUGUAUCAUUUGUCGAUCUGCAAUUACCGUUGGUAGUUUAACACCAUGUGGUCACAAAUAUUGUAAAGAUUGUUUAGCGGAAUGGUUGAAAAGAAGUUCAUCAUGUCCAACUUGCAAGUCCAGGACUAGUACUUAUGCAUUGCAUCACUUCACUCACUAUAAGCCUAAUAUAUCAGCACAAUAUGUAAAUGAUCAAAAUAACGAAAGUCAUGAAUCUUCACAGAUUCAUUCAAUUUACAAACCAAUUGAGAACCAGAUAGUCGAUGAAAUUAAAGAUAUAAAGUUGAAGAAUUCUUAUGGUUCGAAAGUUGACUUGAUAGUUAAACAGACCAUUUACUUGGUUAGAAAAGAUCCAAACGUACAAAUUGUCAUUUUCAGUCAAUGGCAGGCAUUACUAUUAAUUAUUGGAGCUGCUUUGAAAGCCAACAAUGUAAGCUUUAUUGGAUCCAAGGGUACAUUGGUACCUGAAGUUGGCGCUGGUCGCCAUCCUAAAGGUUAUAGUGAUAUUGAAGAUUUUAAAGACCCAUCAAAAAAGAUAACUUGCUUUUUAUUGAAUGCAAAAGCCCAAGCUAGUGGCUUAACCUUGGUGAAUGCUACACAUAUAUUUUUAUGUGAACCAUUGGUAAAUACCUCGUUAGAACUUCAAGCAAUAGGUAGAAUCCAUAGAAUUGGGCAAAAAAAGAAGACUACCGUUUGGAUGUUUGCCAUUGAAAACUCAGUAGAAGAAAGUAUUGUGUUAAUGUCAACUAAGAAAAGGUUACAAUAUAUAAAUAAGGAGAAAAAAAAGGUUGCUGGUAAAAAUGAACAAACAACAAUCAAUGAUCUAAACGAAGCGGAAUCAAUGACAUUAAUGCAAAGUGAAGGAAAUGCAGCAUUAGUUGGUAAAAACUUUGGAGAUGGUGAAGAAGUCACAAAUAGUGAUUUAUGGGAUGCAUUUUUCAGUGCAAGAAAUUCAGAAGGGGUCAACCCAAUGACUUGAAGGAUAUUUAAUAGACUUGUAAUUAUACGCAUAACGAA